UUAUUAUCUCUCUUACAGCUUCUUUACUUGCUGUAUAACACACUUGAAUUACAUAACACUUUCAAACUCUUAAUUGAUUAAAUCAUAAAUUAUUCAUCAUGGCCGCUGUACAAUGGGUUUAUGCUAAUGGAUGUUCAUGGGUUACUUUGGACGCUACCGCACAACAAGAUAUCGAAAGCCUAUGGGAAUUCAAUGCUUCUAACUGGAUUCAAAGCAGAUCCUUCCGUAGCCCGGUCUACGUGGAUAUCUCACAGAUGCUACUGAUGUGUGACGGAAUGUCCUAUAGCAUCGCGCGUCGUAGAAACUGAAUUGGGUUUUCUACGUAGCAAUAUAUUUACUUAUUUAUUUCUUUCACUUUUUUUUACAUAUUCACUACAUAUCACUUAGAUUUUAAUCUUGAUACAUAACUUUUAGACAUUAUUAUACACACACACUUCUUCCCUCACCUUUUAUGCCCUUUUUUCAUUAUGCCCUUUCCCCGUUUUACCCUCUUAUGCUCAAUUCCCAAUUUUUUUUUUAUAUAUAUACAUAAUAAAUAUACCCACUUUUACCACC